AAUGGGAAUUUUAGCUGUCUAAUACUUGCCCACCUACUUCAUGUGAUUCUUUGCUUUCACUGCACUGCAAGUGCAGGUGAAAAUGCUAAUCUGUAGCUUCAGAGAAGACCCAAAAACCUUUUACCAAUUCUUCAAAGAAGACCAAAACCCUCCUUCCAAUUUCCCUCCACACAUAAACAUUUCAUUUAUUGGGAUUUGGAACUAUCCCCCCUCUCUCUCUCUGGAAAUCUUCUUUUUGACUUUUAUCGAGAGAGGACUUGCAGACAACUCCUAUAAUUCACAGCCGAAACAAGAAGCGACGGCAAAUUCUUUUUCUUCUCAUUGAAUUUCAUUUCAUUCAUUCAUGGAGAUUAGUUGAGCUGAAAACCUACACCUCUGAGUCUCUUUUUGAGGUUUUUUUUCUUCUCGGAUUUUUGAGAUUUCUCUGGUUCUGGUUCAAGUUUUGAUUUUGAGCUUUGGGUUGAGGGUUUUUCUGUAAAAAGAAUGAUGGGUUUCUAAGAAAUUUCUUGCUGGUUGAGGAGGUUCUUCUACUUUGUGGUGGGUUAAUUUGAUUUUUUUGUAUUUCUUCCGAUUCUGCUCACCAAUGGAGGAAGGAAGAACAAAAAUUCAACGAGUUCGUUGCCCCAAAUGCAGUAAAAUCUUAACUGAACCGCCAAAUUCUCCUGUAUAUCAAUGUGGUGGUUGUGGCACUAUUCUUCAAGCGAAAAUUAAACCAGCAGCAGAUGGAUUAUCUCAGAAAUCUAGUGAAGAUAUAGGUUCUGUGAAAUCAGAAAGCGAGAGGGGGGAAAUUGAUGUGCUUGUUGGAAUCAAAGAUGAUAAUUCAAUUAGUUGUCCUAAGGUUGGAGAUGAAGAAACUGUGGGAGAAAAAAUGGCAAAUGGUUAUGAUUCUAAGUAUAAACGUAGGUCGAAAUCUCCCAUGCAUAAAUCUCUAGCUCAGAGAGGUUUAAACAUGGAUCAAGAUGAGGUCUUGAGUGUCAGUACUCAGAAGGAAUUUGUUGAUGUUGAACCUCAAAUUGGAAUUGCUAAUGUUUAUCAGGUGCCUGACCAAAUUCCGCAUCGGCCUAACCCGAGAUUAGAUGGGAUGAUGGCGAACCAGAGAAUGCAACAAGUUGGAAAUCAAAGAGGUAGGUUUCCUAGUGCUUCAUAUGCUGAUGAAGGUUCAUCCAGCUACCAACAAUCUGGUUAUAGUUAUGGCUAUGGAAAUCCUAUACCAAGCCACGAAUUGGAUAUUGGUUAUGCUGAGCAGAUGGCAAACCGAGGUUCCAACUAUCGGUAUGGUGGGCGGAUACCAGCCGGGGGGUCUAAUUAUCCGUAUGAUGAACAUGUAUCCUACCCGGUGAACAGCUCUGGUGUAUCUGAGAGAGUUCAGUAUCUUGAAAAUGAUAGAGCUGAGCUCUUGAAACAAUUGCAGGAGAUACAAAUUAAAUUGGAAACUUCUGGUGAUCUUACUGCUAAACCAAUUGAUAGAAGGGUUCCAGUGAAUGCGAGAAUGGCUACUCAUGAUUCUUAUGGUGCUCGUGAUCCCAGGUUGUCAGUUGAGCCGUCUGGAUUUGUUACAUCUCCAUCUCAUCCUUACUUCCCUGGAAAACAUGUUCGCAGCUCGUCUGUCAGUAAUGUAAUGCACAGACAUUUGGCGGACUUGCAGACAUUCUAUCCUCCACCAAAUGAACUCCCAGGAUACCCGGAUAUGAUUGGUUCAACUUAUGGAAGAAACCUCAGCCACUCACCUCAGCGAUACCCACAUCGACCAUCUCAUGAUUACUUCCAUGGAGGCUUUGACCCAGAGACUGGUUCUUCAUACCCUAACAAUACUUUCUUCCACCAACCUGCAUGUUCUUGUGUUCACUGCUACAACAAACACUUGCAAGUUCCUCUCCAAGUCCAUUCUGCAGUUUUGAGAGAUAGAAGGUUCACAAAUCCCACUAGCAACCCAAUAGGUUACUCUGUCGAGUCUCAUCCAAGGAGUUAUUCUCAUGGAGGUGACAAUCGUCCUCUGUUUCGGCCUCGUGCACAGGUGUCCGUUGAUCUGGAUUCAGAAUUUGGUAGUGUUGGUAAUAGAAGUGUAGAGAGGGAAGCGGAACCUCGUGUACAGGUGCCAGUAGGUCUGGAUUCCGAAUUUGGUAGUGUUGGUAAUAGAGGUGUAGAGAGGGAACUGGAGCCAAAGAGUGUUAAACGUCGUUGUUAUCCAGCUGCGGGUGGGGCUCCAUUUAUUACGUGCCAUAACUGCUUCGGACUGUUGAAGCUUCCAAGAAAGUUUAUGCUGAUGCAAAUGAACGAAAGAAUGCUGAAAUGUGGGGCGUGUUCAACUGUUAUUAGGAUUUUGGUUGAAAGUAAGAAACUCAUUUGUAUCCAAGAAACUCCUUUGAAGGCGGAUGAUGAGCCUGUUGUGGUGGCUCGAGAAAGUAAUUUGCAUUCUCAUGGUCAUGCCAAAAUGGACAGCACGAACUCUUACUCUGACGACUACGGUAACUAUCGGUCCAUGGACUCUGAUUCCAUCUUGUCAUCAACCGAUCCAAGUUUGAAACCAAGUGAGUCUGAGAAGAUACAAAAACUUCCUUCUUCAUUUACUGCUACUACGGAUGGUGAGGUAAGUCCUCAUAAUGUGAUUGCUCAAGGGGGGAUGUUGGACCUAUCAAAACACGUAAUUCAACCACCUCCAGGUUCUAGCCUUCAAGAAUUAUUCGAAUAUUCUACUUACAUGCGUAAGGUGGACAAACCUGGGAGUGGAAACAAUAGCAUAAUGAUGGAAGAUCAAGCGAAAAUGGUCCCUGAUCUGCCAACUAUGCCCACUUCGUGGCCGAACUCUACCGAAAAUGUAACUCAGGCAACCGUAAUAGAUACGUCAUUUAAUGAUACCUACACGUCUCAGGAUUCUGAUGCAGCCAGAGCAGAUCUGCCCACGAGGAGCUCAAUAUACUCCUCGGACUCUGAUUAUACUGUGGAGAAUGAGACACCUAAUGUUUCAAUAAAUGGGCAUCCUUUGUCAGAUCAUUUGGUCAGGAAGGCUCAAAAGCAAGCUGGGCGUAUCUAUCCUGGUGAAUACUGGUAUGAUUUUCGAGCUGGUUUCUGGGGUGCAAUGGGUCAACCUUGUUCUGGCGUGAUUCCGCCACAUAUUCAAGAAUUUAAUUAUCCAAUGCCCAAGGAUUGUUCCGGUGGAGACACUAGUGUUAUUGUUAAUGGGAGAGAACUUCGUGAGAAAGAUCUAAAUUUACUUGCAAGCAGGGGUCUUCCGGUUACUGAAAAUAAAUCUUAUAUCAUCGAGAUAUCAGGUUCGGUGGUGGAUAAUGAUUCAGGAGAAGAGCUCGAUAGCCUUGGCAAACUUGCCCCAACAAUCGAGAAGUUAAAGCGUGGAUUUGGAAUGAAGGUUCCAAAACCGGCAGCUGCCUAAACAAUUACGGUUUAGUUGUCAGAAUACUUCGGCUGCCAUCAUUUACAUACGAGGAAAAAUGGAUUUCCAGAACAAUCAACGGGUACUGGAGCUGAAUUUUUUUAUGGUAUAUUAUUAACUGUUGUUGGCUGGGAGAGAUGUUUUAAUUUCUCUUCUCAUUAUGCUAAUCAGAUUUUUGUGAUUGAUUGAUUUAUUCAAAAGUAGUGUUGUUGUGAUUAAGUGUGGCAGAAACUACUAUUAACCAUUAUACUAGUCAUGUGUAUAACUCUGUAAUUGUAAUUGCCUAUCUCAAAAAAGGAUAAAAGAAUGAAAGAUUGAGUUUUAUUUUCCGGUUAC